ACACCCCCCUUUUUUUUUUUCCCAUCCUCAGAACAAACGAGACCCCAGGACAGCGUCCCCCUGCAGAACUCGGAGCCCGCGAUGGCCAAGCCCCAGGUGGUCGUCGCCCCGGUGCUGAUGUCCAAGCUGUCUGCGAACGCCCCUGAGUUCUACCCCUCGGGUUAUUCCAACUACACGGAAUCCUACGAGGAUGGCUGUGAGGAUUAUCCCACUCUAUCUGAAUAUGUUCAGGAUUUCUUGAAUCAUCUUACAGAGCAGCCUGGCAGUUUUGAAACUGAAAUUGACCAGUUUGCAGAGACCCUGAAUGGCUGGGUUACAACAGACGAUGCUUUGCAAGAACUGGUGGAACUCGUCUAUCAACAGGUAGGUCGGCUA